CUUGAAAAUAAAUUUUACUGAUAACGGUUCAGUUGCUGCUCAAUUUAACGAAACGUGCUUCUUAAAAAAAUUUUCUUUUAAAUUUAUUACGAACAAAUUGGUAAAAAAAAACAGUUAAAUACUUUACGUCUUAUGGUUCAAUACAUAUUUCAAAAAAUUCUUCUUUUUAAUAGGCCCUUAUGGCGCUGACGCUCCUCUAGCUGCAUCAGAGCAGUGAGCUGUGCUUACAUGGCUAGCAUCGCAUCCGCUGAGCUCACGCAGCUCUUUGGCUAUAUUUAGGACGGGAAUCUCCUCUGAAACCAGUGCAUUGAAGCUCACCACCACACAUAAGCUGAUUUCGAAGGACCUCUGGGUGCUGAUAAAAAACAAUGCUUGUGGAUUUUAUUGCUGGUCUUUUUGGAGGUAUCGCGGGUGUACUCGUCGGACACCCUUUCGACACAGUAAAAGUACACAUGCAAACUGAUAACCCAAAGAAUCCAAAAUAUAAAGGAACGUUUCACUGUUUGAAGACGAUAUUUCUCGUUGACAAUGUACGCGGAUUAUAUCGUGGCAUUAGCAGCCCAAUUAUGGGAAUCGGUUUAGUAAAUGCAAUCGUGUUUGGAGUCUAUGGAAAUGUUCAGAAAAUUUCGGAUAACCCCAAUUCAUUGAUGUCACACUUUUGGGCUGGUGCCACUGCUGGUUUAGCACAGAGUCUCAUAUGUGCUCCAAUGGAGUUGGCGAAAACACGACUCCAACUAUCCCGACAUAUCAAAAAUCAGCGUAAAUUCAAAGGAACUAUUGACUGUCUGAUAAACGUACAGCGAACGGAAGGCAUCAAGGGCACUUUUAGAGGACUAACGGCCACAAUACUGAGAGAUAUUCCAGGUCAAUCCCAGUGUGCCUUAUAUGCUUAUGGCAGGAGGUUGUGCAGGAAUGAGCUCAUGGUUAGCCUGCUAUCCAAUCGAUGUUGUCAAAACACAUAUGCAAACAGAUGCUCUUGGACGCAAUGCUAAAUAUAAUGGGUUCGUCGACUGUGCAAUAAAAAAUUAUCAUAAGGAGGGCUAUCCGUUCUUUUUGCGUGGCCUGAGUUCGACUUUAAUACGAGCGUUCCCAAUGAAUGCUGCUUGCUUUUUUGUUGUUUCGUUGGUUUUAGAAUUCUGUAAAAAAAAUGGAAUCGAUAUGAUUACGCAUUCAAAGGAAUCGCUUAAUGUGGUGGAUUUGGAAAACUGGACACGAUCCUACAUACGAAAUGAGCAAGAAUCAGAUGGCGAGCUAGUAAGAAAAAUAAUUUCAGAGAAUGGAAUCGAUGUAUGCGAAUCCUCAUAUGAAAUAUAUAAUGGAAGUUAUAGAGAUAUACCAUGGUGACAAGAAGGCUGAAAAUAAAAUCCACAGCAGGCAAUCGAAUUAUAAAAAUACAUAAUAUAAAUCUUAUUUUUAAAAUUUUUUUAUAAUUGUAAUAGUAAAUCGAAAGUUUUAACAAAACGUUGACGGUAUUGAAAGGGUGCAAGCCGGUUUUAAACUGAAUUGAACUAAUUUGUUUUAUUGCUCUUUUCGUAGAUAAUCAUGAUUACAUUGUUCGUUUUUUGGAAUACAAUAAAAAUUCUAGAGAAAUUUUCAAGUUUUUAAUAACAAAUGGAAAGUGUAAUAAACAAGAAUCAUCCUAGUAAAUAAUAAUAAAGAACAGGUAUGAGCCUGUAAAAGCUAUCAAUGAAAA